GGUGGAGAGGUGGCGUGCACUCCCGGGGUGCUCCCGGUCCCCGCCUUUCAGCUCCGGUCUCUCGUCCGGCUUGCCGUCCUCUCCUCUCCUGGUUCUUAGUGACGGCUCGGCUGGCUCCUGAUCGCCCCUCAGGACCCCUUUCUCGCGCGGUCCCCUGUGUGUGGUCCCUGGGGCAGGGUCCGCUACCCGCGUGUCCCCUGCGCCUAUGCCGGCCAUCCCCAGCGUAGGGCUGGUCACCGCGUGGGUCCUGGGGCCGCCCGUCCACCCCGUGCCUCGUGGGCGCCCCCUCCCGCCAGCCUGCCCUCCGCGCUGUUCUGAACACGGGGCACCUGUGGAGUAGCCUUGCCCUGUGGGGCCUGUUGCUUGGGCUAGCAUCCCAAUGCAGCAGCCCCGGCAGCGUGGGCUGCCCGGCCCCUCCUGGGUGUGCCCCGUUCCCCACCUGUCACCUUCCUCCUGGGCUUGUCUGCACCUCCCUCCAUGAACCGCGGCUACCUCCUCUGCUCUGGGUUUUCGUCUUGUGAGCUGACAUCCGCCUAUCCUGGUGAGCCCUGGGCAGCCCUGGCCUGGUGCUCCGCGUGCCUAGCGCGGUAGUUUGUGGAGAAGCACAAGAAGGAUGGCCUCGUUGGUGGCUUAUGAUGAUUCAGACUCGGAUGCUGAGCCAGAGGCUGUGGACAGCGUCCACGGUGCUGACCGCGUGACAGGCGCAGCCACUACGGCUGCUGCCCCUGGGCCAGCUCGGGCAUCUGGGUCGCUGGCCAUGGCAGCAGGGAUGGUGCUGCCCGCAGAUCCUGCCUCCUGUCGAGGUGCUGGGGAGCAGCGUCUCCCGCUGGCUCGGCUUGGGAGGGGCCGUCAGGGAUCUUGCCCUAACCAGAGACUCCAGUGGCCUAGGAACGAGCCGAAAGUCACUCUGCCCACCAGUCACCCUUCUUCUUCUCUGUGGACAAGCCAUGCCCCGGCCAGCACCCUGCCCCUGGCCUCUGCCUGCCUGAAGCCAGUGAAACGCUCCUGGGACACCUCCAGGUCACCGCUCUGUGCCCAGAGCGAGUCUGAAGCCGCAGACCUUCUGAAGACAGUCAGCUGUUCUCAGAGGAAAAAAGGCGAGGACAUUGUUAUCCCUUAUGUCCCAAAGAGACUGCGACAGCUGCAAGUGGAGAGCGUGGAAGCAGGCAGGAGUGAGGACACAGAGCCGCCGCGUCCACCUGCAGGUUGCACCCCAGCCCCUUGCUGCGUGGCCCCCCGAGUGUCUGAGUUCAUCCAGCCCUACUUGAAAGGUCAGCAUAGAGAGACCCAGGUCCCCAGCAAAGUGCUCUUCCACCUGAGAGGCCACAGGGGCCCCGUGAACAGCAUCCAGUGGUGCCCUGUGCUCUCUGCAAGUCACCUGCUGCUCUCCACAUCCAUGGACAAGACCUUUAAGGUGUGGAAUGCCGUGGACUCAGGGCGUUGCUUGCAGACCUACUCCCUGCACAGUGAGGCUGUUCGGGCCGCCCGCUGGGCUCCCUGUGGCCGACGUAUCCUCAGUGGUGGCUUUGACUUCGCCCUGCACCUAACAGACCUCGAAACAGGAACCCAGCUGUUUAGUGGACGGAGUGACUUUAGAAUCACCACCUUGAAGUUCUAUCCGAACGACCCCAGCAUUUUUUUAUGUGGUGGCUUCAGCUCUGAGAUCAAAGCUUGGGACGUGAGGACUGGCAAGGUGGUGAGAGGCUACAAAGCGACCAUCCAGCAGACCCUGGACAUCCUGUUCCUGCAGGAGGGCUCCGAGUUCCUGAGCAGCACAGACGCCUCCACCCGGGACUCCGCUGACCGCACCAUCAUCGCCUGGGACUUUCGCACCUCGGCCAAAAUCUCCAACCAGAUCUUCCAUGAGAGAUACACCUGUCCCAGUCUCACCCUGCACCCCAGGGAGCCCGUGUUCCUGGCACAGACCAAUGGCAACUACCUGGCCCUCUUCUCUGCUGUGUGGCCCUACCGGAUGAGCAGAAGACGGCGCUAUGAAGGACACAAGGUGGAAGGCUACGCUGUGGGCUGCGAGUGUUCUCCUUGCGGCGAUCUACUGGUGACGGGCAGCGCUGACGGCCGGGUCCUCAUGUUCAGCUUCCGCACGGCCAGGCGCGCGUGCACGCUGCAGGCCCACACUCAGGCCUGCGUCGGCACUACUUACCACCCUGUGCUUCCCUCCGUCCUUGGCACCUGCUCCUGGGGAGGCGACAUCAAGAUAUGGCACUGAUGACAGCUGGACUCCAGAGUGGGACUGAGUGAGCAGCGAGGCUGACUUGGGGCCAGACCGGAGUUGCCUCGUCUGCGCAGUGUGGACAGACGCCUACUUGUCUCAGGGUCUCAAGGGCUGCGAGAGCCAUGACUGCUGGCAUGUGACCAGCCUUGCCCAAUAAAGAUGAGCGUUGACUCUU